UAAAGAAAACGAAGAACAUCAACAACUCGAACCAAACCAAAACCCUAACUUUCAGAAAAACAAAUGGAGACUCAGACUCCACUUUUCUUCCUUCAUAUCCUCCUCUAGACAAGGACUUGUUUGUUUGCGUCUUUUGAAUCCAUAUAAAUACAGAUAUAAAUAUAUGUAUAUAUAUGUAUUAUGCAUAUGCUAUCUGGGUGAAGGAAAAUAUUAUGUCAAACGCGGCCGAUGUGGAUACGAAGGAGUUAAUAUGGAGUACAUGGGAAGAACUAUUACUAGCGUCCGCGGUGAAGCGGCAUGGCUUGAAGGACUGGGAUACGGUGGCGAGGGAGCUCCAGAACCGCCAUCGCCACCGUAGCAGCAGCUCUUUGCCGCCAACCUUGUUCACCGCCCAAAUUUGUAAAAACAAAUUCAAACACCUUAGACGUCGCUUCACCAACAACCACCGUAGUGCUAGUAAUAAUACUGCCGUAACAGCCGGAGCUGGUGGUGUCGGCGGCGGCGGAGGAGAAAGUGAGAAUAAUGAGCUGCCUUGUGAGGCUCAAUCUGAUGAUGAUGAUGAAAACGACGGUCUUGGUGGUGGUGGCGGCGGCGGCGGCGGUGGAGGUGGUGGUGAGGGUGAUUGUUUUCCUUGGCUCGAGGAGUUAAGAAAACUCCGCGUAGCCGAACUUAAACAAGAGGUUCAUCGAUACGAUCUUUCGAUCCGGUCGUUGCAGAUGAAAGUGAAGACGAUGGAGGAGGAGAGGGAGAAGAGUCCGAGGGAGGACGACGACCAACACGACGACGUGAAGAAACCAGAUCUGGACGAGGAAGUAAAGCAGGAGAGAUCAGAAAACGACAAAAACGAUGGUAAAGACCCGCCGGAGAUGGUCGCCGGAAAGUUUCUAUCCGGCGACAACGACGAAAACAUGUCGUACAACGAGUCUAAUUCGACGGAGAGCAAGCGAGCCGGUUUGAAAGUCGAACCGAAGAACGAACCGGCCGAGGUGGAACCGGAAUCCGAGUCAAAACCGGUCGGGGAAGAGGUCUCGUGCAAUGACAGUUCAGCGAGCCAGGAGAGGGGGAAGGGUGGGGGAGACUCGCGCGAGUUGCGUGACUCGGUGGGAGAAGACGAGUCGAAGGAAGGGACGAAGGAGAGCAGCGACGUGCAGAGUUCAGCGAGUUUGUUGACAAGGAAGAGGAGAAGACGAGGAGUUGACGGUGGCGGAGGCGGCGGUGAAGGUGGUGGAGAUGGGGUGGCGGUUUUGUCGCCCGCUACCGCCCCAAUAAAACGGGAGCGUGGCGUGGGGGGAGCGGUGAAAUCAGAGCCGUCAGCGUUUGGGUUUUUAGAUAAAAUUCGGUCGCAAAAACAUGGCUCGGUGUUCGAGCGCCGGCUCGAAAGUCAGAAAACGGAAAAGUACAAGAGCACUAUCCGACGUCACGUAGAUCUUGAAACCGUUCAAGCCCGGAUUGAUGAUGGAUCCUAUACAUUAUGCUUUAUGAAAUUUUACAAAGACCUUUUUCUUCUCUUCACCAAUGCCAUUGUCUUCUUCCCCAAAUCAUCUCCCGAGGCAUUGGCCGCUCAAGAGCUUCGCCAACUUGUGCUGAAAGAGCUCAAGAACGCCUCAUCUGAUCCUUCACCUCAACCCUCCUUGCUUGCAAAACCAAAACCCAAACCUGAAGUCGAAAGAUCCGACUCGCUGCUCGCGAAGCAUAAAUCCACAAACCCCAUUAUCUUCAGCCGCAAGAGAAGCUCGAUUUCAGCCAAAGCUUCUUCCUCAUCGGCCAACAAUGCAGAAAAGCAGCGGACCAACGAAAAAGCGGUUAUCAAUUCGAAAACUCUUAUUAAGUCUCCUUUAAGUACAUCAACAAAUGAUGAUGAGGAUUCAUCAAAGCUAAAGCUAAAAGAAAAGCCGGUGACCGGCGCGAGAAGCAUGAGAAGGAGCAGCAAAGGGCGGCCUAAUGUGAGCAAGCCAGAGCCUACUCCUAACAGUAGCAACAACAAGAGCUCAAGCUCCCAGCAACCGGGUUCAAAGGAUAAAGGAGAUAAAGCAGAGGCAGCAAAAGGGGAUAAAAAGAAGUCUGAAGCAAUUGCCAGUACAAAAAAGAGUGGUGCUGCAGACUUCUUGAAGAGAAUGAAGAAGAACUCGCCUGCCAAGGGAACGCUGGUAGAGGCCCUGAAGAGUUCACGGGAAAAUAAUAGUAAUAAAGGUGGUAGAAAAGAUCAGCCGAAGAAAAAGGUUGAUGAACGGAAAGAUGGGCCGGCGAGGCGAAGUGGCGGUGGCGGAGGUGGACGGAAACAUGUAAAGGAGGAGAGUAGUCCGUUGAAGAAGAACGCUGGGAGGCCACCUAAGAAAGGGAAGGAUGUGGUGGUAACCGGGGGCAAGCGUGGGAGGGAAGGCGGUGAAGGGGAAGGGCCCUCAAAACGGCCUAAGAAACGAUCGAGGUAGGUUAGGUUAGAUGGAAAAAGUUGCAGAAUUGAUGAUUUUGUAUAUUGUAGUAGCCAUUAGAUUUCACAAGUUAGUCUUGUCAUUAGGUUGGCUGUGCAUUUUGCUUCUUAGGUUUAUUGAUCUGUAGGAUGUAUCAUGUAAAAACGUGUUUUUUUUGGCUGUAUAACCUUUUAUUUAUUCUUUUUUUUUGCCAGAAAAAAAAAGAACUCUUAUGUUAAUUAACA